AUGCACUAUCUGUCGCUUCCGGCGCCAUCACCCGCGUUUGUCCACGAGCUGCUCGGGCAGCUCACUGUCAAGACGUCUUCCUCAAAGAAGAGAAGGCUUGCCCGUCCGCCGCCCUCGACCAAGCAGGUAUUGGACGCUCCAGCUUCGCCAUCCCCCGACUCGGCCCUGCCCUCGUGUGAAGUUGAACCCGACGACGAUCCUGUCCUGUCCUUCUCUGCCGAACUCAGCUCUGUAAUUGCUCCCCGCGAGCCCGAGGCCCCUCGUUAUCUUCUCCGUUCAGAGCCGCUGCCUGUUGCAACCGCCUCGAGCCUCCCCCCGCGGUUGCAACACACCCACGCCGCCUCCCUCGUCUCGGCCGACUACGCCUCCUCGACCGCAUCCUCGCCCUGUGCCUCGGCCUACGCUGAGCUUUCUCUCGAGAGCGACAGAGGAGGGGACGAGACUGGCUCUGCACGGAACCCAGGCAGAAGCCAGUCUCCCUUUGUUGUCCCAAGGAGGGCCAUGAUGAAUGGCGACGCCGACCUGCCGCAACGAUCUUCCUCGCCAUUAAAACGAAGAGCCUCCAGCAUGGAUCCCGACGCUGCUCCAACUAAGAAUGGCACCACCAUGGACACGGAUGCCUCUCAGCCCAGCCAGCAAAUAGAUCCAUCCUCCACUGAAUUUCCCCGCGCAAUGAGCGUCGAUGCCCCCGAUGUAAACGGCCACGAAGCCUCCCUGUCUCAACUAGCACCCCCGCCACUGCUAGAACAAGUCAAAAUCAUCGAAAUGCUAUUAAAAGCAUUUGCCGAUGCUCCCCCGCAAGAAGGCAGUGUAGCCUAUCUGGUUUCGAGAACUUGGGUCGAUAAAGCCCUUUCUUUACGGACCGGCUCCAAACCUGCCGCAGCUGGCGCCGAAAGUAUCUCCUUGGGGCCGGUUGACAAUACAGACAUUAUCCAGGAGACAAUCAAAGACUCGAGCGGCAGGGAUUUUGUGCGUCUCAUACCUGGCUUGGGCAACGAGUCCUUCGAACUAUUUCCGGAGGAUGCUUGGAAAAUGGUCAUGGAUUGGUAUGGCAUAAAGGAAGGACAACAGCCUAUUGCUCGCAUUGCUGUAAACACUGCGGAUAGCAAACAAGCGCCGCCCAACAUUCUUUAUGAGUUUCACCCACCCAUCUUUCACGUACAUCGACUUUGGUCCGAUGUCAGCACCAUUCCUAUUGAACAGUCUCUCAAGGCCAAGAAUCCACCUCCUCUAAUCGUCGCAAGGAGCUCCACUACACAUGCUCAGAGCUUCCUCAGGGAGAUCAAGACCCUUGCCGGUGUAGGUCUGGAGCGCAAGGUACGAUUGUUCACUAUUCCGGCCUCUGCGCAAGUGACUAGACAAGAGACCGACGCUGCGUCAGCACUCACCCCUCCCGAUUCACCUGGAAGAGCUCGUGAUGGAAAUGAGAACCGGUCUGUUUGGCCUACAUUGCUCGUCGAUGUUGUCUCCUUCUCGCAGGUUAGAGAUAUAAGAGUCUCUGUGCCGCUCAUUGACUACACUGCCGACGACAAGUUCAACGGACAGUCAACCUUGCAACAUUACGAGUUGACGACGGAUCAGACCUUGGUUCUGGAUGAGGCUAUUGGAAACUUUUAUGUGAGCAACUACACCGGCCGGAUGAAGGCGGCUGACAAGUCCACACCAUCGCGCCUUCUGGGAAGCACAAUCUCCUCAAAGACCAGCAGCAAUCGAAGCAGUCCCGUAUUCGACGGCCCCAUGACUCGAGGCCGUGUGCAAAAGAAGCGACAUGGGAGAAGCAUCGGUGCCGUCGGUCUACACAACCUGGGCAACACUUGCUAUAUGAACUCUGCUUUGCAAUGUGUUCGAAGCGUCGAGGAGCUCACCAAGUAUUUCUUGACUGAGUCCUAUUUCACCGAAAUAAACAAAACCAACGUGCUAGGCUUCGAGGGCAGAGUGGCCAUCGCCUACGGUAAUCUCCUCAGAGAAGUCUACGAGGAAGGUCGCGGUUCUGUAAGUCCACGAGACUUCAAAUCAACUGUCGGUCGUUGCCGUCCUACCUUUUCCGGAUGGAGCCAGCAGGAUUCCCAGGAAUUCUUGGGGUUUUUGCUCGACGCCCUUCAAGAAGAUCUGAGCAGAAUCAAGAAGAAGCCGUACAUCGAAAAGCCCGACUCCACUGACGACAUGAUCAACAAUCCUGAAGCCAUCAAAGAGAUGGCUGAUAAAGUAUGGGAUAUAACCUGUCGCCGGGAUGAUUCCGUCAUUGCAGACCUCUUCACUGGCUUAUACAAGUCAACACUGAAAUGCCCCGAGUGUGGCAAGAUUAGUAUCACCUUUGAUCCUUUCAACAAUCUGACCUUGCCGCUGCCACUGGAGAACAUGUGGUCAAAGUCGGUAAAAUUCUUCCCACUCAACGACGUCCCCGUGAAGAUCGAGGUCGAGUUAUCAAGACACAGUUCCAUGGAGUCGUUGAAGCAGUUCAUUUCGGUCAGAACUGGUGUUCCAGUGGAACGCCUGAUGGGUGCUGAGGAAUUCAAGGAUCGAUUCUUUAAAAUCUAUGACAACACCCAGGACGUAUCUGAGGAGAUUCAGUCCUCGGAUACGCCAACGAUUCACGAAUUGGAAGCUGUUCCUACCAACUGGCCGAGUAAGAAACAUAAAAAGUAUCGGUCUAUGUUGGAUAUCGAUACGCCCCCAGAGUCAGCAGAGUGGAGCGAGGAGGAAUGUCAUACAAUGGUCGUCCCAGUCCUUCACCGUAGACCGCAAAUUCCCGGUCGUGGUCCAGAGGGUAUUUCACCACCUCACUUUAUUACCCUGACAAGAGAACAGGCAUCCGACUACGACGUCAUCAAGCGCAAAAUCUUGCAGAAGGUUGCCACAUUCUCUACGUGGUCCAAGUUCAAGGACACUCAGGAAACUGAUGCGUCCGACGGUGUCGACGCAGACUUGGUCAUCACUACAGCCUCAGACGCUGACUCUUCAGGCGACAGCAAGAUUGUCAGCAACUCCGUUGAGGGUGAAGACGAUAUGGUCGAUAUCACGAUGAGAGACGCAGUCGACAAUAUUAGCAAUCGGGCCACUAUCUCUUCAAUCACGCAACCGACAAUUCUCAAGCAGUUCAACACGCAGGCGCCAAAAUUUGCCGACCCUGCAAACUUCCUGAAUCCAGAGCUUCAGAACCUCUUUGACCUUUGCUACUUCAAGAAUGACACUGACGGGCCCGUCCCAACUGGAUGGUCUAAUGUUGAUAACACUAGGACGCUGCCCAGGCUUGUCGAUCGAAUUCCCGAACCCAGGGUGAAAGAUGGCGAUGCAUCCAGUCCUGGCAGCUCUAACAGUACAGGCUCCGGCAACGAGGAGAGCGGUGACGAGGAUGAAGCCACACCAGAGUCCACUCAGACGCGGAUGAUUGAGGAAUCCAGCGAGGAGGACGCCCAUCAAGCUGCCAAGAUUAAUGGACGGUCUGGUAGACAUAACUCUAAGUAUAAUCAGGGUAGCCGCAAGAAGUUUAAGGGGCACAAAGGAUACGGCAAGAAGGGCAAUAAAAGACGGGACAAGCAAACCCGAGCAAGCAAACUAUCGCAAAGGGCGAAUAUCGUUGCCCCUCAACCCAUGCCCCCUGCCGUUUCUGACGGCGGGCCCUUAAUACGCCUCUUCGAGGGCAUCGUUGUUGACUGGACUGAGGAUGCCUGGGACGCCGUCUUUGGCAAUAACACAAACAAGCCAGAUCCUGCCCGGGGAUCCAGGACGUUUGUAGAUGUCCAGACUCUCCACGAUCCGGCUUUGAAGAUUACUCAGCGACGACGUGUCACGCGCAAAACCCGCGGCAUCACCCUCGAAGAGUGUCUGGAUGAGUUUGAGCGAGCAGAAAUCUUGUCUGAGCAAGACAUGUGGUACUGUCCUCGCUGCAAGGAGCACCGACGCGCCAGCAAGAAGUUCGAUCUGUGGAAGACUCCCGAUAUUCUAGUGGCUCAUCUGAAGCGGUUCAGUAGUUCCGGCUGGCGUCGCGACAAGCUUGACGUUCUUGUUGACUUCCCGAUUGAAGGCCUGGACCUUACAUCCAGAGUGAUUCAGAAGGAAGAUGGCAAGGCCGAGAUUUACGAUCUGAUCGGAGUCGAUGACCAUUAUGGUGGUCUCGGCGGUGGUCACUACACGGCAUAUGCCAAGAAUUUUGUAGACGGGCGGUGGUACAACUACAAUGAUUCAUCUGUCCACGUGGUAUCAGAUCCCACGUCUGUCAUCACUUCUGCAGCAUAUCUGCUGUUCUACCGUCGUCGUAGCAGCGGGCCGCUAGGAGGACCGCGAUUCAAGGAAAUCUUUGACAAGUUCGACAAGGAGUCGGUCCAUUCUGACAACGAAGCGACAGAGUCUGGCGAAGAGGUCAUGACGCAACGAUCAACCAAGACGACAGUAACUCCGUUGACAGGGAUGGAUGAUGACGACGACGAGCUGCCUAUAUACGACGGCAACACUAUCCGUCGUAGCAUUGAGGACGAGGGAAACUAUCACUCCGGAUCCAAGGGGGCCCUGGAUAUGACUCAGAGCUGGAGCUUCACAAGCCUGAACGGCAACGGCGUAAAUGGCAACAGGGACACAGACUGUGCCAGUGACGAUGCGCAGUUUGACUCAUCAGGCGAUGACAGGAGCAAGGCACUUUCCGAACGAGACACAGAUAUGGCGUCGGCGGCCCCAUUCGAAGAGGGCGCCUCAUGGGAUGAGCGGGGGGUUAUAUCUGUGCCAGCAGAUGGGGCUGGAGAAGGAGCGUCGGAGGAAGUAACCGAGAUCCAUCUUGAGGGAGACAAGAUGACACGCAGCGCCUAG